UCUCUCUCUCUCUCUAUGUUCCUUCUCCCACACGAUUCUUCUCUUCUUCUUCCUCCGUUCUCUUCUCCCAUCUCAGUCACAAACCGUUAAGCAUAUCACAAAGCUUAACACUAUGGUUUCCCCAACAAGCAAAUCAGAAGAGAAAGAAACCCCAAGCCCUAGAAACGUGUACCACAUCGGAGGACUCCAAGUGAGAUUCCCUUAUCAGCCGUACGGAACACAGCUAGCGUUCAUGAGCCGUGUCAUAUCUACUCUUGAUAGGUCUCAGAGAGACGGUCGAUGCCACGCGCUUCUCGAGUCCCCCACUGGCACUGGCAAAACUCUUUCAUUGCUCUGCUCGGCUCUCGCUUGGCAACAGAGCUAUACAUCUCGCUUUCCUAAAGGAAACUUGGCUCGUAAAAGAAGUAUUUUCAUACCGGACACACAGUCACCCUCCUCAACAGAACCUAGCAACGUGGUGGAAGUCGAAAUACCUUCAAGAACUCCAACCAUAUUCUAUGCUUCACGAACGCAUGCUCAGAUCACUCAAGUCAUUCGUGAGUAUCGCAAAACUGCUUACAGAGUGCCCAUGGCUGUAUUGGGUGCACGUAAACGUUCAUGCACCAACCGUCGCGUACAGAAGAAACCUUAUUUAAACGAGAUAUGUCGGUCUCUCAUAAAAGAUAGGAUGAAACCAAAAUGUCCCGAGUUCAUAGGCACAGAUGAAAUUGUAGCUCAUCCAUCACUUCAGCAAAAUGAAGUUCAUGAUAUUGAAGAUCUUGUCAAAAUUGGAUAUACUGUUAGAGGUUGUCCAUACUUUGCUUCCUGGGAUAUGUUUGACAAGGCACAAAUUGUUUUUUGCCCUUAUUCCUAUAUAGUUGACCAAAUCAUUCGAGAAAGUAAUGAAUACAAAUUGAGAAACAAAUUGAGAGGGGCCAUUAUAAUCUUUGACGAAGCACACAAUAUGGAAGACAUUGCUCGUGAAUCCGGCAGCAUUGACUUGGGAGAAGAAACUCUCUUCAAAUUACAGAGUGAACUACAAGAUAUUGCUGUAGAGGUGCCACAGAUAUAUCAACCCGUGUGCGAUGUAAUAGACGGAUUGAUAAGAUGGAUCGGAAGCAAAAAGGACUCGCUAGCAAAACGAGAUCCUCAACACUAUUUCUCUAGUUGGACUGGAGACAAAGCUUUAAGGGAGCUAGAGGAAUCUAAUAUCACUCGAAAAGACUUCUUAAAGUUAUCGAAACGCUUCAAUAUGGCGAUCGAAACAUCAGAGAAACUUCAUCAUUUGAGUGAGAUAUCGCUCUCCACACUACAAGAGUUGUUAACUACACUUGGAUACUUCUUUUCAAGAGAUGGAAAUCACAUCCUAGAUUACGAACUAGGUUUACAACGACGCUUUAUUAAAAGAGGGGAUGAAGGAGAUUCUUCUGGGAAGUGGACACAUACUUUGAGUUUGUGGUGCAUGAAUCCAUCUGUUGUUUUCAAAGCCAUAGUUGAUCUUUCUUCAUCCAUUAUUUUAACAUCUGGGACUUUGUCACCAAUGGACUCUUUCUCAUCUGAACUUGGGAUGCAGUUUGGCGCUUGUUUGGAGGCUCCACACGUGGUUGAUGCAAAUCAGCAGGUGUGGGCUGCUGGAAUCUUCAGUGGUCCUAAUAAUCAACCACUAAAUGCAAGUUAUAAAACAAAUAAUGAAUAUCCGUUCCAGGAUGCUCUAGGUAAAUCAUUGGAAGAGAUUUGCUCAAUUGUGCCAGGUGGCUCUCUCGUCUUCUUUCCAAGCUAUAAGCUGAUGGAAAAACUCUGUACACGGUGGCGUCAAACUGGCCAAUGGUCUCGGCUCUGCUUGGAGAAAGACAUUUUUAUUGAGCCAAGCGGAGGAGCAACUGGGGAAUUUGAGAAUGUCCUGAAGGAAUAUUAUGAUUGUAUAGGCGGAAAGAAGAGAUUGUUUGGUGGAAGAAAUAGGAGAGCAGUUGAUUUCAAGAAAGGAGGAGGAGGAGGUGCAUUUUUUGCUGUAUGUAGAGGAAAGGUUUCUGAAGGGCUUGAUUUUAGUGAUGACAACGCCAGGGCUGUGAUAAUCGUUGGCAUUCCAUUUCCAAACUUGCGUGAUGUACUAGUCGAACUAAAGAGAAGUUAUAAUGAUACGUUCAAAUCAUCUAGAAACCUUCUUGGAGGGGGUGAAUGGUAUUGCCAACAAGCGUAUCGUGCUUUAAAUCAAGCAGCAGGAAGAUGUAUCCGACAUAGGUUUGAUUAUGGUGCCAUCAUAUUUUUGGAUGAGAGAUACAGACAACAAAGGAACAGAGUGUCUAUUUCAAAGUGGCUUAGACAGUCUAUCAAACUGUAUGAUAAUUUUGAAGAAUCUAUGCAAGGCUUGAAAUCAUUUUUUCCCAGUGCGAAGAAGCAUGUUGACAGUAAGAUGUUAAGCUACAAAGAAGUCAUCGACCUUGAGUGUGUGGUCCAAACUGAGCCUGAAACAUCUGUUGUGAUCAAUGGUAGUUCAGCAGCCAGUCCAUUUUCUUGCUCCAGUGGUUUGACUCUAGAACGAGGAGGGUCACCGAGUGUUAAUUCUCAUGCGUUGAAGAGAAGAAAGUUUAUCAACUCUGCAGAUAUUAUUGACCUUGAGAAAGAAAACGACCAAGACAUGAUCACAAGAAGAAUUGAGCUUGGAUCUGACAGCAGCACUGAAACAAGAGCUCGAGUGCAGAUAUCUUGUUUGCUCUGCAGAAGCCCUUUAGGUCACCCAGAUAAUAAUGGCUCUUCAUAUCUAAAUUGCUUGGUGACAAGGUCGUCCAAGAAGUAUUGACUGUCUCUCCUGAAAGAAACAUCAGGAUCUGAAAUGCCAACAAGCGUUUCAGUUAUCGUGACAGAUUGCUCCUCGGUUGACCAGAGACUGCGCGCAGAAGAAGGUGAGGAGGGGGUUUGGUGCGAGCAAGAUGGAUGUGUUUUCAACACUAUCUUCUGCCCUUUCUGCAGUGUUCCAAACACGACGUGUAUCGGAGUGCAAAUCAUGGCUACUGAUUCAUCAAAUGUCCAGUUUCUCAGCAAAAUGUUGUUCUUUUCUGAUCACCUAAAUUUCAUGGGUGAUGCUGCAAUCAAGGAAACGUUGUUGGAGCAUUGACAGAGAAGCUGAAGCUGGGGAGAAGAGAUCAAACACAAGUUACUCGGCAUUUUGGUGUUUACACUCUGCAAGGCAACGUUAUUGAACAUUCUACAAGCUGAAGCAAAUUAGUACACUUUGCUUUGUUAUAUGAACUCCUUUCUCACCUUAAGUUGUUCCUUCUUCUAAGUCAUCAUGCAUCACGUUUAUUCAGUUUUAUUAUGGGUCGUGGUGUUAGUACUC